AUGGUCUUGCUAGAGGGGCCUAGGCAUACCUCGCCGCCCGACAGCCCGGGUGUCCCAACUCCAGGCGCAAUUUCAACACGACGUUCCAGUGUACAGUAUUCUGGCCUCGCUCGCGCCGCAAUAAUGAGCAGUGCCUCUUCUACACCAAACCUCGAAACCGAAUCCUCUUUGAACCAUGUCGUCCAUCAGUCGAGUCUCAUGCCUCCCCCUAAAGGGGCCUUUGGGCGCAUCCCUCCCAAACCUACACCAAAUCCUCCCAACUCGAUGGGACGAGCCUUAACAGACACACCUUUGCCUAGUGCACCUGGGAGUCCACAGAUAUCUGCUAGAGGCAGCACUGUGGCUUCUGGCUCCGCAACACCAAAGAUUCGAGCGACUACCCUCGACAUUCCUGGUCUGACUCGGUCGAAAGUGUCUCCAAACGGCCAAAUAUCAGAAAGAGAUGUCGCAGCCAAACUCAUUAUUGUCAUGGUGGGAUUGCCGGCUAGAGGCAAGAGCUAUAUCACAAAAAAGAUCGCCCGCUAUCUGAAUUGGUUGCAGCAUCCUACAAGGAUAUUUAACGUUGGAGAUCGUCGAAGAGUGGCUGCUGGGAGAGGAAAACCUAUACCCGAUCGGACGGAUGAUGCUCUUCGUGAAUCCGUGCGACGGAUGAGUUCAACCACCAAGGGGCCGCAGAGUAUUGUCGAUCACGAACUCCUCCCUCCGCCAGCAGUCAAGACCGAGAUUCGGGUUAACGGUGAAGUGACAAAGGAUCUCUCGUCCCCUACCACUCCCCAGCAAACGGAUGGCAGCACAACAUCUCAAGACAAGAACGAGCAAGUUUUACUUUCAGCGCCGGCGCCAGUGGACCAGUCUGCUGCAUUCUUCGACCCGCAAAAUGAAAGAGGAAGACAGCUGCGUGAACAAGUGGCGCAUGAGACACUGGAAGAGCUGUUAAAAUAUGUUUUGGGAAAUGAAGGUUCGGUCGGGAUCCUGGACGCCACGAAUCAUACGCAGGAACGACGUCUUUCGCUCAUCAAACAUAUCCGUGAGCGCGACGAGACCAUCAAUGUACUCUUCCUAGAGUCUCGAUGUGAAGACAAGAACCUGCUCGAGGCCAACAUGCGAUUGAAAUUGUCGGGUCCAGAUUACAAGGGAAAGGAUCCUGUUGCUGCGUUAGACGACUUCAAAGAACGCGUCCACCAAUACGAAAAGUCCUACCAGAAACUGGAUGAAUUCGAAGAAGGUCACAACAUGGCAUACUGUUCCAUGAUUGAUGUCGGUCGCAAAAUGAUCACUUCUCAGGUGAAAGGAUUUCUCUCGAUUCAGGCCGUGACCUACCUGAUGAAUUUCAACCUGGCGCCCAGACAGAUCUGGAUCACCCGACAUGGCGAAUCAAUGGACAACGUGAACGGCAAGAUAGGAGGCGACAGUUCAUUGAGUCCGAACGGGGUAAGAUAUGGCAAAGCAUUGGAGAAGUUCAUCGGAGUCGAAUGGAAAGCGUGGGAGCAAAACCAGGCCCGGAAACAAGCCAGCAUUCAUUUCCCUCCUCUGCCUGGUGACACCACCCCACCAAACCCAGAGUAUACGGCGCAAAGCCUCCAAGACCGAAACUUCUGUGUCUGGACCAGUAUGCUAAAGAGGAGUAUCGAAACCAGCCAAUUCUUCAAUGAAGACGAGUACGACAUCAAGCAAAUGCGCAUGCUGGACGAGUUGCACGCUGGAGCAAUGGAUGGUAUGACCUAUGCUGACAUCCGCGACAAGUUUCAUCAUGAGUAUGAACUCCGAAAACGCGACAAGUUGACAUAUCGAUAUCCCGGACCUGGUGGAGAAGGAUACCUCGACAUCAUCAAUCGACUCGGCAAGGUCAUUCUAGAGAUCGAAAGAAUGACCGACCAUGUGUGCAUCAUCGGACACCGAAGCAUCUGUCGCGUCCUUCUGGCCUAUUUCAUGGGUCUCAAACAGGAGGACAUUAGCGACCUUGAUGUUCCUCUGGGCGUGGUGUACAUGCUCGAACCGCGGCCAUACGGUGUCGACUUCAAAGCCUAUCGCUGGGAUCCUGCGACUGACGAGUUCCGUCACGAACCAGACUAUCGAAUGAGGCGAGCCACCGACCCCCAAGCAGCAUGA